CCGUUGCGCUCACGAGACUGUCAUUACGCUAACAAUUUCAAAGCAUUACUUUUGAAUUACGCCGGUAGUACCUCAAUGACCUCACAGACGAGUGGACCAAUAGAUAAGCUCAAUGUGAAAUAGAAAAACCGGAAAAAUUCAGUCUCGCUGCCUAAUAUCACGAAUCAGGAGUAGAAGGACGAAGUUUCUAUCUCAGUGUUUAUCUGUAAUUGGUCAGUUUUACAUAAUCCCGUGUAUCGGAAAUUAUCCGAGAGUGUCUGUCCUCACUAGUUGGCUCUCGAGGACAGACGAAUGAGGACAGCAUUGCGGAAUGUUUCAGUUUUAAUUUGUAAAAACUCAUUUACUCGUGUCCCAUUAAUUAUUCAAAGGUAGUUCAAUCGAUUCCAGAAUGGAGGAUCCAAAUUCACCUAUUCCGGAAGAGGGAUUCCUCCAUUGGCCCGAUUGGUUGGCAAUUGGAUUGAUGCUGGCAGCGUCGGCUGCAAUUGGAGUCUAUUAUCGAUUCACCGGUGGCAAACAAAAAACAGCGGAGGAGUACUUCACAGCCAAUCAUUCGACGGGAGUUGGACUAUUGUCAAUCGCCAUGAUGGUGGCAUUUCUUUCAGCAAUAUCACUUUUGGGCUCAAGCGGUGAGAAUUACACGUACGGAUGUAUAUUCAAUCUGGUAUACUGCGGCCUAGGCUUUGGUACCCCAAUCGUCGCCUAUUUCUAUUUACCUGUCUUCUGGGAGCUGCAGGUGAUGAGUGUCUUUGAGUAUUUAGAGCGACGAUUUGGUGUCACUGCCAGACUCGUUGCUAGUCUAGCGAAUUUCCUUCAAACGAGUUUGUACACUGGUGUUGUCAUCUACGCGCCAUCACUUGCACUGGAAGCAACAACUGGACUAAAUGGAACAACAAGUAUUCUCUUGAUCGGACUCAUUUGCACCUUCUAUUCAACAAUCGGCGGUAUCAAGGCUGUGAUCAUCACUGAUCUCGUUCAAGGUGCACUCAUGUACAUCUGUGUCUUCUGCGUAAUUGGUGUUGCAUUGAGUGAGAUUGAUGGUGGUGUGUCGAGAGUCAUUGAGGUAGCGUCGGAGGGCGGUCGAAUAAAUUUCCUCAACUUCAAGCUUGAUCCUACUGAACGACAUACCUUCUGGUCCUUGAGCAUCGGUGGUACAUUUUUCUUUUUGUCUCUUUAUGCCACCAGUCAAGUGCAGGUACAACGAAUGCUGACAGCCAAAUCAAUUGGAGACGCGAGGAAGGCUUUGUUCAUCAAUAUCCCGCUGACACUCUCACUCACCACAACAGUAUCAUUCUCGGGCUUGGUAUUGUACACGUAUUAUCGCGAUUGUGAUCCAGUUCUCGCUGGCAAAAUAAAAUCACACGACAUGAUAAUGCCGUACUUCGCCAAGGAGCGCAUGACAAAAGUACCCAGUCUCACUGGUAUAUUUAUAUCUGGUGUCUUCAGCGCUAGUUUGAGUACAGUAUCAGCUGUUUUGAAUUCCCUUGCGGCAAUUGCUCUAUCGGACUAUGUUAAACCACUGCUGCGAAAAUUGGGGAAGGAAUUGCCGGAUAACAAGGCAGCGUUUUAUGGAAAAAUGCUCGCUCUGUCCAUUGGUUUCUUGAGUCUGGCCAUUGCUUUUCUCGCAUCCAAGCUUGGUAGUUUAAUUCAAGCUGUUACUGCUGUUCAUGGUGCUAUUGGAGGGCCUAUACUUGGAUUAUUUACACUGGGUAUGUUCUUCGAGAACGCUAAUGAAACUGGCGCUGUUGUGGGCACUGUCUUUGCGCUUGUCUUCAACAUGUGGGUGGCAUUCUCACCGAAACCAACACCCAGAAAAUUGCCCUUGUCUGUUGAAGGAUGUCCUAAUUCCACGCUAAUUUACACAACUACCAUUCCACCGGAAAUGGACGAAUCGUCAUUUCUUUAUAUUCAUCGGCUGUCCUAUCUUUGGUACACUCCAAUCGGAUUGAUCGUGGGUAUCAUUGCGGGAUACGUAGCAAGUCUCUUUGUCAGGAGAUUCUCUAAAGUCCCUAUUUCACCGCCUGACCCGAGUCUAUUCACCCCCUUCGUGGCAUCGAGGAUUCGCAAACGAUGUGAAAAAGAAGCCACCACAGGCAGCCAAGUAUUCGUCCUCGACACCAAGAAAUUCGAUAACAUAGAUUCGUGAGAGCUUCGGAGCUGCUUUCGUUGUCGUCAUCACUGAUAUCCAGUGAAUUAAGACGACAGGGAUUUGCUGUGUCUUUGUUACACUUUUGCAUUCAACGCCCACGAGACUGUAAUAACGAGACCCCAGAUCAUUCGAAAGAUAAACGAAACAGUAUUUUGUGUCGCAACUGAGUGAAGCAAACAGGCAUCGUUAUUCACUGCUGGAAAGUUACACUUCAAAUUUCAAAUCAAAAAAUUUGAAAUUCUCGACAACGACAAAGAGACGAGAAAUGUUUGUGGAAGAAACCAUAAAAUCUUGUAAAUUCAAGGAAUAAUUUGUAUUUGUUUUUAAUUAUAUUUACUGUUGAAUUCUCCUGAUAUUUAUAAAAAUU